AUGGCUGCUGGUGAUUUUACUCUCAUAUGUGAUCUUGAUGUCUUGAAGGACAGCUUCACUAUGAAGCUUCGUAUUAUCAGAUUAUGGACACUGGAAGAUUAUUAUAAAAAAGACGAAAUUUUCACCAUUCAACUUAUUCUAAUGGACGAACAGGGUAAGAAGAUCCAAGGUUAUGUCCCCAAUGCUUACAUUUACAAGUUUCGUAAAGUUCUAAAAGAAGGGAAAGCUUUUUUCAUAAAAAAUCCAAAUUUGGGAAAGAUGGAUGAAGGAAAAUUUCAAUUAACUGAUCAAAUGCAAAAGCUCACCUUCACUCGUGAGACUACUGUCGCUCCGUGUCUCGAGUUUUCUGGAUCAAUUAAUGGGUUUGCUUUUAUUGACCAUCAUCCCAUUAUCGUCGGCACUGUUCCACUAAAUAUUUCAUUGGAUGUUAUCGGUUUGGUGGUCGCAAUUGGUGAAAUUGAUGCUCGAAAUGAAGAUAGAAUUUUGAAUCAAGAUGGUCCCCAUGAAAACUCAUCCAGUACUUUCUCCUAUAUGAAAUCUAAUCGAAGUUCUGACAAGGAUGAUUUUGUGCUUAAUCAUGAGCUGAAAACAAUCGCUGAUAUUUUCGAACCAAUUGAGAUAAAAAAGUUCAUGAUUCCGGUAAGAGUUCAAGAUCAUACUGGAAGUAUGACUUUAACAAUGUUUGAACAAGAUGCGAAAAAGCUUCUAAAAAUUUCUGCAAAAGAUUUGGUUGCAAAAACAGCUAAGUUUCUGUUUCGAAAUACAAUGUGCAAAGGAACACCAAUCAAAAAUACUAUUUCCAGGAUUAGUGAUGAUGAGAUAUUGAUUGAGGAGUUGGAAAAAAAGUUUGUCGUUGCAGAGGGAGUUAAUUCACAAUCGUUUGAACAUGGUACCAUUGAUUGUGAAUCUCAAGAUAACAUAUUUAUAAAGGAUGCCAUAUCUCAGACUGAUGAUAAUGUGACACCAAUGAAUGUUUUCAAAUCGACAGCCACAAGCCCAAAAAAAAAUUAA